CAUGUCGGAACCAUGGAUAGUGUGGCGUAGACGCGGGGGAGCUCUAUGUCUGUGACAAGCAGAAAUGUAAACAAUCGAAAGCAGCAGCGGAGUGUAAACUGCAUAUAAUUUGAUUUUGAAAUAUUUUCACAUAGAUAUUCAGACGUUUUUAACACAAUGUGCUCUUAACGGUCCCUCUGAAUAGUCGAUAAAACGUCGCUGACGCCUGAGCUCUCCGUGAGAAGAUGAUAUAUCAUGUUCCCUGGAUCUAUACGCCAGUGCGGACCGUUCUGGCAAUUUGGCACCAGCUGACGAAAACUGAGAUCCCGGAGCUGGCCAAGUGCUCGGUGCUGAUGAGGGAACGCAGCAGAGUGGAGGAAACGAUCCACUGCAUGCAGCGAGCAGGUGCAGGAAACCUGCAGGUAAUCUCAGACUUUGACAUGACACUGACCAGAUUCGCUCACAACAGCAAGAGAGUUCCCACCACUCACAACAUCUUGGAUAACAGGCUGCUGAUUAAUGAAGACUGCACUAAAAAGAUGAGGGAGCUGUUAAACACUUAUUAUCCCAUAGAGAUCGAUGCUAGCCGGAGUGCUGAGGAGAAACUUCCUCUCAUGGUUGAGUGGUGGACAAAAGUCCACGAGCUGCUGAUUCAGCAGAAGAUCAGAAAAGACAUGCUGGCCCGGGCUGUGAAGGAAUCCAGCGCCAUGCUCAGGGAAGGGUACAAAGUAUUUUUUGACCAUCUGGCUGAGCACCAGGUCCCUCUGCUGAUCCUCUCCGCCGGGGUCGGUGAUGUCUUGGAGGAGGUGAUUCGACAGAACCACGUCUUCCAUCCAAAUGUCCACAUCAUCUCCAACUACAUGGACUUUGACCACACUGGGGUGCUGCAAGCCUUUAAAGGUCAACUGAUUCACACCUUUAACAAGCGAGAAGGCGCUCUGUCACAUGCAGCCGGCCUCAGAGAGCUGCAGGGUCGACCCAACGUGCUGCUGCUAGGAGACUCACUGGGAGAUCUGACCAUGGCCGACGGGGUCUCUGAGCCCCAGAACGUCCUCACCGUUGGCUUCCUCAACGACCAGGUGGAGGAGAGGAAGGAGUCUUACAUCAACUCUUUCGACAUCGUCCUGGUGAAGGACGAGACGAUGGACGUUCCAAACGCCAUCCUCAGGUACAUUACCUCAUCGAGAGACAACAAGAAGAAGCUGUGUUUUAUGUGUACUGCGUGUUACCUUUGUGUACGCUGUGAGUACUUGAAGUUCAAGUCUAAACAUACUGUGCACAUGAGUUUCUUCAUAGCAUGCCGCUAUGACAGUGCAGCGAACAGCCUUUUACCUCUGUGUUUUAAACGUUUUGGGUCUGUGACAGUGGACACAGACACAUUAAUCCUGCUAUGCUAUGGCAGUACUUCACAGCGGGCUGUUGCUGUAUGUUAAAUGCAGUAAGCUUGUUGAGCUUUCUCAAACAUAUCGUGCUCAAAGAUAAGAAGAUGUACAUGGACUAGCAAGCGUUUAUAUUUAAAUGUACUGUAUAUUCUUUUUCUUAAAUCCAAAGACAAAAAGGAUUUCCUCUUGAUUUUCUAUGCUUAUUAACUAUCAUAAAGCAAUAAUAAGACCCUGUAAGUCUAAUAAUAACAACAAAUGCAGUUUUAUGUUGUGAAUCAGUCCUGCUGUAGCAUUUCUUUCUAUUAGAGGUGUCUAAUAACUCCUUUAUUAAUAUAUAUUACAAGAAAUUGAAACUAAAUCGGUGCAUUUUAGUCUUAACACGUAUGCUGGUGCUUUUCAAACAACGUUUUUACUGUUUUCUUGUCUGUUUCAAAGAUUCCCAUUAAGGUUACAUCU